AGGAGGAGAAGAGAUUAAAGGAUCAGAUUUGACUCAUCAAAGAGAAAGACCAGACUCAGAGGAACCAGAGCCAGGGAUGUCCAAACCAGCAAGAAGACACCAGUGCUCUUACUGUGGAAAGUGUUAUAACCAGGUAGGGGCCCUGAAACAGCACGAGAGAAUACACACAGGGGAGAAGCCUUACCACUGCUCCCAGUGUGGCAAGCGUUUUAACCAUUUAGGAGCCCUGAAACAGCACGAGAGAAUACAUACAGGGGAGAAGCCUUACAACUGCUCCCAGUGUGGCAAGUGUUUUAAGAGGUUAGGGAAUCUGAAUUCCCACGAGCUAGUACAUACAGGGGAGAAGCUUUACCACUGCUCCCACUGUGGCAAGUGUUUUAAGUGGUUAGGGAAUCUGAAAGACCACGAAAGAAUACACACAGGGGAGAAACCUUACCACUGCUCCCAGUGCGGCAAGUGUUUUAACCUGUUAGGGUCCCUGAAACAGCAUGAGAGAAUACACACAGGGGAGAAGCCUUACCACUGCUCCCAGUGUGGCAAGUGUUUUAACCUGUUAGGGUCCCUGAAACAGCAUGAGAGAAUACACACAGGGGAGAAGCCUUGCCACUGCUCCCAGUGUGGCAAGUGUUUUAAGCGGUUAGGGAGCCUGAAACGACAUGGGCUAGUACACACAGGGGAGAAGCCUUACCACUGCUCCCAGUGUGGGAAGUGUUUCAGCCGGUCAGAGAACCUGAAAGCCCAUGAGUUAGUACAUACAGGGGAGAGGCCUUACCACUGCUCCCAGUGUGGCAAGUGUUUCAAACGUUCAGGGAAUCUGAAACAACACGAAAGAAUACACACAGGGGAGAAGCCUUACCACUGCUCCCAGUGUGGCAAGUGUUUUAUCCGUUCAGGGAACCUGAACCAACAUGAGAAAAUACACAGAGGGGAGAUGCAUUUCCACUCCUCCCAGGGUGCAAAGAAUUUGCCCAUUAACCUGAAGGGCUGGAGCUCCAGAUACCACCUGGUCACACGAGAAUUCCGGUCCUUCAUGGUCUGGAUCCAGGAGGUUAAGCGUGAGGCCUGCUUCAUGGAUCUUCCCCAGGACGCUGCUAAGAUGCUGUAUGUGCUCCUCCCAGGAGUGGCUGUAGAUCACCACGUCGUCCAAGUAAGCAGCACAGUAAUCGUCACAGUCCUGGAGGACCUUGUCCAUCAGCCUCUGGAAAGUCGCAGGGGCCCCAUGAAGGCCAAACGGCAUGACCUUGAACUGGAACAGGCCCAUUGGCGUCCAGAAUGCAGUGUAGGCCUUGGAUUGUUCAUCCAGGGGCACCUGCCAGUACCCUUUGCAGAGAUCCAAUGUGGUGAUGUAAUGAGCUCUACCUAUUCUCUCCAAUGGCUCGACAACAUCCAUCUCUAUCAUGGUGUGGACCUCUUCCUUGAGGGCUACCACCAGCCUCUCAGGCACACGGUAAGGAUGCUGGCGGACAGGGUUCUGGCCAGGUUUCAAACGAAUGACGUGUUCCAGGACUUUGGUUCUUCCUGGUCUCUGACUGAAGAGGGCCGGAUACUUGCCAAACAGCUGCUUCAGCUCAUCUUGCUUGUCUUCUUCCAGGUGAGCCAGUAUGACUUCUGCUCGUUCUUUCCAUGCCUCUGUGACCCCAUCCGACUCAUCCUCUUCUACUCUGCGGACCAGAAAGGACUUUCCUUUGGAGAGUUCCUCUUUCUCCUCCCAGGCCUUGAGAAGGUUCACAUGGUACGGUCCUUGCCAUUGCGCAAGGAGCUUGCUGGUAGACGAGGGAAGGAGGAGCAGGACUUUCUGUCCUGGCUCAAACUCUCUGUGGCGAGUGUGCUGGUCAUAGCCUCUCUUCUGGGCCUUCUGGGCUUGCUGAAGCAAGGCCGUUUUAUAUGUGGAGGUUUCAUUCGGGUCUCUAUUUUAAAAAACACACUGUCUUUGGCAGGAGAAAGACCAGACUCAGAGGAACCAGAGCCAGGGACGUCCAAACCAGCAAGAAGACACCAGUUUUCCAACUGUGGAAAGGGUUGUAACCACUUAACUGAGCUUAAACGACAUGAGAGAAUACACACAGGGGAGACGCCUUACCACUGUUCCCAGUGUGGAAAGGGUUUUAACGAUUUGGGAAAGCUGAAACGACACGGGAGAAUACACACAGGGGAUAAGCCUUACCACUGCUCCCAGUGUGGAAGGCGUUUUAACGAUUUGGGGAAGCUGGAACGACACGAGAGAAUACACAGAGGGGAGAAGCCUUACCACUGCUCCCAGUGUGGAAAGGGUUGUAACGAUUUGGGGAAGCUGAAACGACACGAGAGAAUACACACGGGGGAAAAGCCUUACCACUGCUCCCACUGUGGAAAGCGUUUUAACGAUUUGGGCAAGGUGAAACGACAUGAGAGAAUACACACAGGGGAGAAGCCUUACCAUUGCUCCCAGUGUGGAAAGUGUUUCAACCAGUUAGGGACCCUGAAACAGCACAUGGUAAUACACACAGGGGAGAAUCGUUACCACUGCUCCCAGUGUGGAAAGGGUCUUAACGAUUUGGGGAAGCUGAAACGACAUGAGAGAAUACACACAGGGGAGAAGCCUUACCAUUGCUCGCAAUGUGAAAAGAUGUAUAGCGAGAAAGGACACCUGAAAGCCCACGAGAAAAUUCACACAGGGGAGAAGCCUUACCAAUGCUCCCAGUGUGGAAAGUGUUUCACCUGGGCAGGGGAUCUGAAAAAACACAAAAGAAUACACACAGGGGAGAAGCCUUACCCCUGCUCCCAGUGUGGCAAGUGUUUCAACGGGACAGGGGAUCUGAAAAAACACAAAAGAAUACACACAGGGGAGAAGCCUUACCCCUGCUCCCAGUGUGGCAAGUGUUUUAACCAGUUAGGGGCCCUGAAACAGCACAAGAGAAUACACACAGGGGAGAAGCUUUACCACUGCUCCCAGUGUGGCAAGUGUUUUAACCAGUUAGGGACCCUGAAACAGCACAAGAUAAUACACACAGGGGAGAUGCAUUACCACUCCUCCCAGGGCGCAAAGCUUUUGCCCAUUGGUUGUAACCACUUAUGUGAGCUGAAACAACAUGAGAGAAUACACACCGGGGAGAAGCCAUACCACUGCUCCCAGUGUGGAAAGAGUUUUAACCAGAAAGGAAACCUGAAAACUCAUGAGAGAAUACACAUAAGGGGGAAGCCUUACCGCUGCAUGCAGUGUGGAAAGAGUUUUCGCCAUAAAGGAAACCUGAAAGCUCAUGAGAAAAUGCACACAGGGGAGAAGCCUUACCACUGCUCCCAUUGUGGAAAGCGUUUUAACGAUCUGGGAAAGCUGGAACGGCACGAGAGAAUACACAGAGGGGAGAAGCCUUACCACUGCUCCCAGUGUGGAAAGGGUUGUAACGAUUUGGGGAAGCUGAAACGGCAUGAGAGAAUACACACAGGGGAGAAGCCUUACCACUGCUCCCACUGUGGAAAGCGUUUUAACGAUUUGUGGAAGGUGAAACAACAUGAGAGAAUACACACAGGGGAGAAGCCUUACCACUGCUCCCACUGUGGAAAGUGUUUCAACCAGUCAGGGGAGCUGAAACGGCAUGAGAGAAUGCACACAGGGGAGGAGCCUUACCACUGCUCCCAGUGUGGUAAGGGUUGUAACGAUUUGGGGAAGCUGAAACGACAUCAGAGAAUACACACAGGGGAGAAGCCUUACCACUGCUCGCAAUGUGAAAAGAUGUAUAGUGAGAAAGGUCACCUGAAAGCUCACGAGAAAAUUCACACAGGGGAGAAGCCAUACCAAUGCUCCCAGUGUGGAAAGCGUUUCACCUGGGCAGGGGAUCUGAAAAAACACGAAAGAAUACACACAGGGGAGAAGCCUUACCCCUGCUCCCAGUGUGGCAAGUGUUUCAACGGGACAGGGGAUCUGAAAAAACACGAAAGAAUACACACAGGGGAGAAGCCUUACCCCUGCUCCCAGUGUGGCAAGUGUUUUAACCAGUUAGGGGCCCUGAAACAGCACAAGAGGAUACACACAGGGGAGAAGCUUUACCAUUGCUCCCAGUGUGGCAAGUGUUUUAACCAGUUAGGGACCCUGAAACAGCACAAGAUAAUACACACAGGGGAGAUGCAUUACCACUCCUCCCAGGGCGCAAAGCUUUUGCCCGACAAUGCUAGCCCUUCCACCCUCCCGGAGUCCAUGUGUCGUGCCUCUCCUGGAGAAAGACCAGACUCAGAAGAACCAAAGCCAGGGAUGUCCAAACCAUCAAGAAGACACCAGUGCUCUGACUGUGGAAAGGGUUGUAACAGGUUAGGGGCCCUGAAACAACAUGAGAGAAUACACACAGGGGAGACGCCUUACCACUGCUCCCACUGUGGCAAGUGUUUUAAGCGGUUAGGGAAUCUGAAAGGCCACGAAAGAAUACACACAGGGGAGAAGCCUUACCACUGCUCCCACUGUGGCAAGUGUUUUAAGCGGUUAGGGAAUCUGAGAGUCCACGAAAGAAUACACACAGGGGAGAAGCCUUACCACUGCUCCCAGUGUGGAAAGUGUUUCAGCCGGUCACAAAUCCUGAAAGCCCAUGAGCUAGUACAUACAGGGGAGAAGCCUUACCAUUGCUCCCACUGUGGCAAGUGUUUUAAGCAGUUACGGAAUCUGAAAGGCCAUGAAAGAAUACAUACAGGGGAGAAGCCUUACCACUGCUCCCAGUGUGGCAAGUGUUUCAACCAUUCAGGGAAUCUGAAAGUCCAUGAAAGAAUACACACAGGGGAGAAGCCUUACCACUGCUCCCAGUGUGGAAAGUGUUUUAAGCGGUUAUUGAGCCUGAAACAACACGGGCUAGUACACACAGGGGAGAAGCCUUACCACUGCUCCCAGUGUGGAAAGUGUUUUAAGCGGUUAGGGAGCCUGAAACGACACGGGCUAGUACACACAGGGGAGAAGCCAUACCACUGCUCCCAGUGUGGGAAGUGUUUCAGCCGUUCAGGAAUCCUGAAAGCCCAUGAGCUAUUACAUACAGGGGAGAAGCCUUACCACUGCUCCCAGUGUGGAAGGAGUUUUUACCAUAAAAACAGCCUGAACCAACAUGAGAAAAUACACAGAUGGGAGAUGCAUUACCACUCCUCCCGGAGUGCAAAGCUUUUGCCCAUUUAGGAAGCCUGAAAGAGCAUGACACAGAGGAGAAGGCAUACAAAAGCUUAGACUUUGGGAAAACAUAUUACUCAUAAUCACUUAAACGUCAUUAGAGAAUCCACACAGGAGAGAGAAAUUACUACUCUUAGCGUGUAUAUUGAUAUUUCACAUCUCAUUUUUCUUACAAUUCAUCAGAGAACAUACACAGUGCUCCCGUUGUCUUAUAUUGUUGCCUAUAAUGUGUUGACCUGUUUUUACCAGAUGAAAUUGUUUUUUUUUUGAAAAGCAGUGCAAGUUUUGAAUUUUGUAAAGUUAGUGUGGGAGAGGUGGAAAAAUGGUUAUCGAUCAAUAAUGACAAACCUCCUGGCAUUGACAACUUAGGUGGAAAGCUACUGAGGACAGUAGGAGUGGCUAUAGAGUCAGCUAUCUGACAUAUUUUUAAUAUGAGCCUAGAGGAAGGUCUUUGUUCUCUUGCCUGGAGGGAAGCCAAAUUAAUCCACUACCCACGAGUGGUAAAGCGGCCUUUACUGGUUCUAACAGCAGACCUAUAAGAUUGCUGCAAG